CCUGACUUCCUUAUCUUUGGGACAACAUCGAGCCACCAAGCAGACGUCCGAGAUGAUCCUAAAAUGUUAUUGUGACACCAUAGUGACGUGAUCACACAAAGGGGAGUGCUUGAAGAGCAGGUUUUAACAAUUUAGUCUGAGUUUGAAUCUCCCAAAAGCAUGUCAACUCUUACUGUUCCUCCACCACAAUGUCUGAAGAGGCCACUCCACAUCCCCCAGCGGCACAUGUUUGGACCGGGACCCUCCAAUGUCCCAGAGAGGAUCCUAGAAGCAGGAACCAACCCGGUAAUCGGACAUAUGCACCCAGAAAUAUUUGAGGUAAUGAAUGACAUCAAAAGUGGGAUCCAGUACAUGUUCCAGACUCAGAAUAAAAUUACAUUUGCGGUGAGUGGGACGGGCCACACGGCAAUGGAGUGUGCCAUUUUUAACGCUGUGGAACCUGGAGAGCGUGUCCUGAGUGCGGUCAAUGGAAUCUGGGGAGAGAGGGCAGCUGACAUGGCCGAGAGGAUAGGUGCCAAGGUAAACACUAUUGUAGCGCCCCCUGCUGGAUUCUUCAGUCUAGAAGAAAUUGAGCAGGCGUUGUCAAAAUACAGACCUGUGCUGCUGUUUGUCACUCAUGGAGAGUCAUCAACUGGAGUCCUGCAUCCUUUAGAUGGCAUUGGAGAACUCUGUCACAAAUAUAAUUGCUUGUUACUUGUUGAUUCCGUGGCAGCGAUGGGAGGAGCACCUUUGUAUAUGGACAAGCAAGAGAUAGACAUUUUAUACACAGGAUCACAAAAGGUUCUAAACGUUCCUCCUGGCUCAGCUCCCAUCUCCUUCAGUGAAAGAGCAUGUAAGAAAAUAUUCAGCCGCAAAACCAAACCAGUUUCUUUCUUUUUGGAUCUGACCUGGCUGGCAAACUACUGGGGAUGUGACCAAAAGCCGGCAAGAUUAUAUCACCAUACUGGGCCCAUCACGGCUUUUUACACAUUGAGGGAAGGCCUGGCAGUCCUUGCUGAAGAGGGGCUUGAAAAUUCCUGGAAAAGGCAUGAGUCAGUGGCUGAGUAUUUCCACAGUGGACUAGAGUGCAUGGGCCUAAAGCUAUUUGUCAAGGAAAAAAAAGCCAGAUUACCAACUGUCACUACCAUUGUUGCUCCACAUGGAUAUGACUGGAAAGAAAUCACAGCAUACAUAAUGAAAGCUCAUAAUUUAGAGAUAUCAGGAGGCCUAGGUCCCUCUGUUGGUCUGGUCUUGCGUGUUGGACUGAUGGGAUGUAACAGCACUAAGGCCAAUGUCGACAUGAUUUUGGCUGCUCUCAAAGAUGCUCUGAAACACUGCCACAAGAGCAAAGUGUAAUUUUACAAUGAAGUGUCUAGAAGUAAUAAAUAAUGUAUAAAA